GCUGCGGGGCCGGAGGGCGCGCGGAGCCUCGCCGGCCCGCGAUGAGCUCGCCGCCGCCGGCCCGCAAGGGCUUUUACCGCCAGGAGGUGACCAAGACCGCCUGGGAGGUGCGCGCUGUGUACCAGGACCUGCAGCCCGUGGGCUCGGGCGCCUACGGCGCCGUGUGCUCGGCAGUGGACAGCCGCACGGGCGCCAAGGUGGCCAUCAAGAAGCUGUACCGUCCCUUCCAGUCGGAGCUGUUCGCCAAGCGCGCCUACCGCGAGCUGCGCCUGCUCCAGCACAUGCGCCACGAGAACGUGAUCGGCCUGCUGGACGUGUUCACUCCGGACGAGACCCUGGACGACUUCACAGACUUUUACCUGGUGAUGCCGUUCAUGGGCACCGACCUGGGCAAGCUCAUGAAGCAUGAGACGCUGAGCGAGGACCGCAUCCAGUUCCUGGUGUACCAGAUGCUGAAGGGGCUGAAGUACAUCCACGCUGCUGGCGUCAUCCACAGGGACCUGAAGCCCGGCAACCUGGCAGUGAACGAGGACUGUGAGCUGAAGAUCCUGGACUUUGGCCUGGCCAGGCAGGCUGACAGCGAGAUGACCGGCUAUGUGGUAACCCGGUGGUACCGGGCCCCCGAGGUCAUCCUGAACUGGAUGCACUACACACAGACAGUGGACAUCUGGUCGGUGGGCUGCAUCAUGGCGGAGAUGAUCACCGGGAAGACGCUGUUCAAGGGCAGUGACCACCUGGACCAGCUGAAGGAGAUCAUGAAGGUGACAGGGACGCCUCCGGCUGAUUUUGUGCAAAAGCUGCAGAGCGCCGAUGCCAAGCAGUACGUGCAGGGCCUCCCCGAGUGUGAGAGGAAGGACUUUGCCUCUGUGGUGACCAACGCAAGCCCUCUGGCCGUGAACCUCCUGGAGAAGAUGCUGGUGCUGGACGGGGACCAGCGGGUGACGGCGGCCGAGGCGCUGGCCCACCCCUACUUCGAGUCCCUGCACGACACAGAGGACGAGCCCACGGCCCAGAAGUACGACGACUCCUUUGAUGACGUGGACCGCACCCUGGACGAGUGGAAGCGUGUCACUUACAAAGAGGUGCUCAGCUUCAAGCCUCCCAGGCAGCUGGGGGCCAGGGUCUCCAAGGAGACAGCCCUGUGAAGACCUCUGGGGGUGGCGGGGACACCCUGGGUACCACCUUGACCUUCCAAGCAUUGACCUGGAGGCUGAGCAGCCCCCCUCGAUCCACGGAUCCCUCUCCCUGCAGCCUGUUCCUCUGCACUUGGGUGCACAGCUUAGCCAGCCUUGGAGGAGCACCUGGACUCUAAGGCCAGACAGGACCCCUGCCCAUCCUGGGGCUGGCCUCUGACCCCCAGGAGCCGUGCGCCUGCCCCCCAGCCCCUGCAGGGUGGAGCAAGAAGCUGCAGAGCUGGCCGGAGUCAGGGUCAAGUCCUGGGCUCUGAUCUGAGGUCCAGCUCCUGAGGAGCAGGAAUGGGGGCGGGGUGCGGAGCUGCCAACUCAGGGACAUCAUCUCUCCCGGGUGUGUGGGGGGAGCAUCCGUGGCCUCUCCUGACCCUUCCCCCCAGCCUGGAAUGUAAAUCAGCCACUUGGUGUACCCAGGUAGCUGGAAAGAAAUAAACAUUUUUAGGUCUCCCAGUCUGGCUGUGCAGCCUGGUGCCGAGCCCCAGCUGUCGGCACCUGAGUCCUGGCCCCACACAGAGGAUGGAGGCUGGCCUGGCCAGCCAGAGGAUGGAGUGUCCUGCUGCUCACUGCCCCCAUCUCCACUAAAGUGCCGCCGGCGCUAUCACCUGUGCGGUGCCUGACACCUGCAGCCCCAGUUAGGGCUCGGCACGCUACCCUUUGUGGAAUGAUUUCCUUUCAUGGCCGGGGCC